UUUUUCCAAAAAUUAUUUACAGAUAAACGACGUAUACAAAAAAUUCGAAAUGAAAAUUGCGUUUGUACUAGCUAAUAUCUGUAUAGGUAUUACUAUACGUAAUGUUUGUGCUUUACAAGAACUCGGAACUUACGAACUUUCGAAUUCUAUGGAAGAUUGUUCCUCUACUUUUCUUAUGUCUACAUCGCAGAUUUCUUUAAAAAUGGUACCAGAUUCGACAAGUUAUAGUUGGUUUGGAAAUACGACUAUUAAAUGUGUGAGAAUUUAUCCCGAAUCACGUGAUUGUACGGCUAUCGUGGGUGUCAAAUAUGGCGGAUUAGGUCAAAAUUUUAUCCAAUUAGAAUUCGAUCUAUACAAUUAUAACAUUUUUAACUAUUGUUAUUAUAAUGUGCAGAUUUUUACGGCUGCAGCUGCUUGUGGCGAAGCAACUACGCACCCAGCUAUCGCAGCUGCUAACUAAAUAAAAUAUUUCGC